AUGGAAUACAGCUAUGAGCUGAAAGCUGACCAGACGUUUGGUCAUCUGAUUUUCGGAGGAGUAAUCUACAGAUGCGUUAGUAUCUAUGUCACGAAAAUGAUAAACACUACCGUUCUUUCUUUCGCGGAUUCCUUUCUUCUCCUCAUCUUACUUCUGCAUGUGUGUGGUCAAAAGAGGUUCGGCACAUCAAAGUUCCAUUUGAUUAAGGAACGAAAGGCGAACGAAUUGCACAACGAUAGUGCAGGAUUCCUCGAGAGAGGAAAUGGAGGACUUCUAAAAAUAAGCUGCAGAGAAUUAGAAGUGACGAGCUCACAGACACUUCUAUUAUUAAUUCAUUGCUUUUGCUUGACAUUCCCUACGCUCUCGGCACAAGACGAAUAUGACGUGGUGAAGAAAUCCGAAGAAGAGACCUCUUCGACCGAUUGCAUUUGGAAGCGCCACGUGGAGGAAAAUAUGGUAACUUGUACGAACAAAUGCAGUUUCGCACGGAUGUCUUCAAGGCGAUUAGGAUAA